GUCUCAGUUGUUCUCAACUGGGGCUGAUUGUGCUUUCCCCACCCUGACAUUUAACGAUAUCUGGAGACAUUUUUGGUUGUGAGUGGGGUUGGGGUGAGGGGCUACAGGCAUAGUGGGUAGAGGCAGAAAUACUGCCAACAUCCUGCAAUCACAAGACAAGGAAUUAGCUAGCCCAGAAUGCCAAGCCUGAGGAACUCUAGUUUGGGCCACUGGGAGAUGCUGUUUUAUCUCAGAUCUCUUCUCUCUGGCUCUCCUUGAACUUGGGGAACUGCUCGGUGAACGUUGAUUAGUGGAGGUGGGGCCCAAAAGAAUGAUAUGUGUUGACAUUUGCAAGUGUUAUAUUGAAGAUAACAUUUUAAUAUCCAGAAAAUUCCAGUGGAAGUAACUUUAUAUCAUUAUUUUAUCUGUUGUAUCAACAAUAAUCAUUUUGGAAGUUUGUGGGACAAAAUAUGUAUAAGGUUUAAACUUGGCUUACAAGGAAGUCAGACUCCCUCGGAGGCAAGCGGAUGUGAAACCUUUUUAUUUCUGGAGAGCUUCCAGAAGCAAAACAAGGCUGGAACUGUUCUAGGGACAGCUUAUGCGUGCGUGUAGACAGGGAAAAACAAAACCUGAAGCCAAAGGAGGGAAGAGGAAAGGAAGGGGAGACAUGACUUUUUCCUGGAGACUGCUCAGGAGGGGUAUACAAAGUCUGCAUAGCCAUUCAGCCUUAAAGAAUGUGAAAACUGGCCAGGCGCCGUGGCUCACACCUAUAAUCCCACACUUUGGGAGGCCGAGAUUGCUCAUUUAGAAAGUGGAUGUGUGGGAUAACAUGUCCAGUGUGUCCGAGGAGAGAAGAAAAAGGCAGCAGAACAUUAAGGAAGGACUGCAGUUUAUACAGUCACCGCUGUCAUAUCCAGGAACACAGGAGCAAUAUGCGGUAUAUUUGCGUGCUCUCGUGAGAAAUCUUUUUAAUGAAGGAAAUGACGUUUAUCGGGAACGUGAUUGGAACAACUCGAUAAGCCAGUACACGGAAGCCUUGAAUAUAGCUGAUUAUGCAAAAUCUGAAGAAAUUUUAAUCCCCAAAGAAAUAAUUGAAAAACUAUAUAUAAAUCGUAUUGCCUGCUAUUCUAAUAUGGGUUUCCAUGAUAAAGUUUUGGAGGACUGCAAUAUAGUCCUCAGUUUAAAUGCCAGUAACUGCAAAGCUCUGUAUCGGAAAUCUAAGGCUUUAAGUGAUUUAGGAAGAUACAAAAAGGCUUACGAUGCUGUAGCAAAGUGCUCCUUAGCAGUGCCUCAGGAUGAGCAUGUAAUAAAACUAACUCAAGAACUAGCUCAGAAAUUGGGAUUUAAAAUAAGAAAAGCGUAUGUCAGAGCUGAGCUCUCAUUAAAAUCAGUUCCUGGGGAUGGGGCUACCAAGGCUUUGAACCAUUCUGUGGAAGAUAUUGAGCCAGAUUUAUUAACUCCAAGGCAAGAAGCAGUUCCUGUUGUCUCUUUACCCGCACCCAGUUUUUCUCAUGAAGUUGGAAGUGAGCUGGCCUCAGUUCCUGUUAUGCCCUUAACUUCUAUUUUGCCACUACAAGUGGAAGAGAGCGCUCUGCCAUCUGCAGUGCUGGCAAAUGGAGGAAAGAUGCCCUUCACUUUGCCAGAAGCUUUUCUAGAUGAUGGAGAUAUGGUCCUUGGAGAUGAACUAGAUGACCUGCUUGAUUCUGCACCUGAAACUAAUGAAACUGUUAUGCCGUCAGCUUUAGUCAGAGGACCCCUUCAGACAGCCAGUGUCUCUCCUAGCAUGCCCUUUUCGGCAUCUCUGUUAGGAACCUUACCCAUUGGUGCGAGGUAUGCUCCUCCACCCUCCUUCUCAGAAUUUUAUCCACCUUUGACUUCAUCCUUAGAAGAUUUUUGUUCUUCUUUAAAUUCAUUUUCAAUGAGUGAAUCCAAACGAGAUCUGUCCACCUCAACUUCUAGAGAGGGAACACCGCUUAACAACAGUAAUUCUUCCCUUUUACUUAUGAAUGGACCAGGUAGUUUGUUUGCUUCAGAGAAUUUCCUGGGAAUUUCAAGUCAGCCUAGAAAUGACUUUGGAAACUUUUUUGGAAGUGCAGUUACCAAACCACCUUCAUCAGUGACUCCAAGACAUCCCCUUGAAGGAACCCAUGAAUUGAGACAAGCUUGCCAGAUCUGUUUUGUAAAAUCAGGCCCUAAGUUAAUGGAUUUCACUUACCAUGCUAACAUAGAUCAUAAGUGUAAGAAAGAUAUUUUAAUCGGUAGGAUAAAGAAUGUUGAAGAUAAAUCAUGGAAAAAAAUACGUCCAAGACCAACAAAAACAAAUUAUGAAGGACCAUAUUAUAUAUGUAAAGAUGUUGCUGCUGAGGAGGAAUGUAGAUAUUCAGGCCACUGCACGUUUGCUUAUUGCCAAGAGGAGAUAGAUGUGUGGACACUGGAGCGGAAAGGAGCAUUCAGCCGGGAGGCUUUCUUUGGCGGCAAUGGAAAGAUUAACCUUACUGUGUUCAAACUUCUCCAGGAGCAUCUUGGGGAAUUUAUAUUCCUUUGUGAGAAAUGUUUUGAUCAUAAGCCUAGAAUGAUAAGUAAAAGAAAUAAAGAUAAUUCUACUGCUUGUUCUCACCCGGUUACAAAGCAUGAGUUUGAAGACAAUAAGUGCCUUGUCCACAUUUUGCGAGAGACAACAGUAAAAUACUCCAAAAUACGUUCUUUUCAUGGUCAGUGUCAGCUUGAUUUAUGUCGACAUGAAGUUCGGUAUGGCUGUUUAAGGGAAGAUGAGUGCUUUUAUGCCCAUAGUCUUGUGGAACUGAAAGUCUGGAUAAUGCAAAAUGAAACAGGUAUCUCACAUGAUGCUAUUGCUCAAGAGUCUAAACGAUAUUGGCAGAAUUUGGAAGCAAAUGUACCUGGAGCGCAGGUACUUGGUAAUCAAAUAAUGCCUGGAUUUCUUAAUAUGAAGAUAAAGUUUGUGUGCGCCCAGUGUCUGAGAAACGGUCAAGUCAUUGAACCAGACAAAAACAGAAAAUAUUGUAGUGCAAAAGCAAGGCAUUCGUGGACCAAAGACCGGCGUGCGAUGAGAGUGAUGUCUAUUGAACGUAAGAAGUGGAUGAACAUCCGUCCUCUCCCCACAAAGAAACAAAUGCCUUUACAGUUUGAUCUGUGCAACCAUAUUGCUUCUGGGAAAAAAUGUCAAUAUGUUGGAAACUGUUCCUUUGCUCAUAGUCCUGAGGAAAGAGAAGUUUGGACUUACAUGAAGGAGAAUGGGAUACAAGAUAUGGAGCAAUUUUACGAACUAUGGCUCAAGAGUCAAAAAAAUGAAAAAAGUGAAGACAUAGCCAGUCAGUCAAACAAGGAAAAUGGAAAACAAAUUCACAUGCCAACAGAUUAUGCUGAAGUUACAGUGGACUUUCACUGCUGGAUGUGUGGGAAAAACUGCAACAGUGAGAAGCAGUGGCAGGGCCACAUCUCCUCCGAGAAGCACAAAGAGAAGGUUUUCCACACCGAGGACGACCAGUACUGCUGGCAGCACCGCUUCCCAACAGGCUAUUUCAGUAUUUGUGAUAGGUAUAUGAAUGGCACCUGCCCAGAAGGAAACAGCUGUAAAUUUGCACAUGGAAAUGCCGAACUUCAUGAAUGGGAAGAAAGAAGAGAUGCCCUAAAGAUGAAGCUCAACAAAGCACGAAAAGAUCACUUAAUUGGCCCAAAUGAUAAUGACUUUGGAAAAUAUAGUUUUUUGUUUAAAGAUUUAAACUAAUAUGCUGGCUUUUAUGUAUGAUACCUAAUCAGAGCAUUGACCAGAAAAAUUGAAAGUGUUCUAAGGCACAUAGCAGAGGAGCUGCAGAUUUUCUGCUUGUAUUGGCGUAUAUCGUUCCUCCUGAGCAGCAACCCACAGUAGGUAGGAAAAUGGGCUGUUUCACAGGCCUGGCCACGCUCUCACGGAACCAUUGGCAUCAGAUGGUGAAGUGACUGCUACCCGGUUGCCAUCUGUUGAACAGACUUUUGGAUGAAGUGUGUUGGGGAAGAGGAUAAGGUUAUAUCUAGGACAACUCUUUGAGUUGGUCCUUCAUAUAAGAAUCAUGACGGUAAGAGAAUAAACACUUGUACUGGGAUCAGAAUACAUGAUGGAUGAAAUUCUUUACAUGUUUUAGCAGAAUGAAUUUGUUUAAUAUAAUAAAGUUUGCUACUUAUCUGUAUGUAGGUUGCUAAAAAGGAUUUUCUUAACUCAGAUUUUAAGCCAAAUAACCAUUUAACACUAGUAUUUGUUAAAUGGGGUAUUUUUCUGUAUUUGUAUGUUUCACUAUAAUAAGGGAAUUAAGGAUAAUGUGCAUUGAGAAUAUUUUGAAAAAUAAUUAAUUGACUUAAAUUUUAUUUCUUGGUCUUUUGCUGUUUAAAUGAUGAUUUUGAAAGAUUAAACCUGUACUGUUGGUAUUGUGUUAGUGUAUGGACCAAUACUGCCUGUAAUAAAGAUUUUAUAUAUA